AUGAACGGACCCCCGUACCGCUGCACUUUCUGCGGAAGGUGCUUUUCCCGUCAGGACGUAUUGAACCGCCAUCUCAGGGUUCACUCAGAUCCAGCUAGUUCAGACGCUGCAGAAGCAAGCGGUCAUACCGAGACCAGAGCUCAGGGGACACAACAGACCUUGAUUGGACCGACGGACUGGCCUUUAGCGUCGGAUCAUGAUGCAUCUUCGGUGCAGUUUCCGGACAGUCGCUAUCUGCCGUUGUGUGAGAGCCCAAUGGGUGAUACUCGGCCAAUACCCGCCGACCUCGCCCCCGGGUUGCUGUGGCCUGACUCGGAAGGAUUGCUCGAAAACAUCAUGUCCGUCGAUCCUUCCGUCUGGCAGCAACCACUUGCCUUGGCGCCAUCGACGUUGGGCCUCGAGGAUGCACCGGAGGAGUUUGCGGGAAAUAGGAACCAUCAGUCGUCCUGUGGCAAUACAAUUGCCGACGACGGGAGGCAUGCAGUGCAGUCACUCAGCAGUCUGCUCAGUGAUACAGUCUCGACCGUCACCGCGCCCGCAAGUCUGACCGGUUUGACAUCGCGCUUCUUGGAUGGCAGCCUGCAUAUGUUCUUCGAGAAGAUUAUCCCCAUGUUCCCUAUCUUCCAUCGUCCAACCUUCGUUUUCCGAGACUGUGCUCCCCCGCUUCUCCUAAAUGCCAUUGCACUCGGAGCUCUAUUCCUCGGUAGCGCGGAUGCCGUCGCCAAGGCUGAAGUACUUUGGCGCUUGUCACAUACUGCUGUAGCAACUUCAUGGCAUACUAUGAUUACUUGGCGACGCACGUCAGACUCCUGCGCAGGCGUCGAGCUAGUGCAGACAGUUUUGCUCAGCCAGAUUUACGCCGCUAUGUCCAAAAACAGGACCUUCCGCACCACAAGCCAGGUCUUUCAUGGCUUGGGUAUACAUUGGGCUAGUCAUUGUGGAAUGUACGACGCGGCAAACAUGGUGACUUUGCCAAUGCCAACCGACAGUCAAAGUGUAAAAUGUAAAGCAUGGUAUCGAUGGAUCGCACAAGAGACGAUGCUACGAACGCUUCUUGGACUCUAUAUCGUAGACGGAGUGGUCUCACAGUUUAGCGGCAAUCCAACCUUUGCUCGACACACGGCAAACCCUCUUGCGCUGCCAAGUUGUGAUGCAGUAUUCAAUGCCUCAUCGGCUGACGACUGGAUCCAUCUGAUGCAGAAAUAUCCCGCUACACCAAUCAGGUUCUGUGAUAUCUACAACGACCUUUUUCAAGAAACCCAAGCUAGCUCGAGCAGACCUUUGCUCUACGAUGUCUCCCUGUUUCACCAUAAGGUCGUCCUUGAGGGCAUCAGAUGUUUGGUCACUGAAAUGAACGGGACAAAUCCCCCUCCCGUCGGUGUGCCGUCGAGGCAAGAUCUGAUGUCUGCCCUGCGAGAGCUGCGCCAACAUAUCCUUAACAGUAAACGCCUCACGCCCACUGAUCGGCUCACUGCGCUGCUUCAGUGGCACUCCAUUUGCCUUGAUACAGUAGUCAGCACCGCACGUGGAACUAGACGGAUGUGCCAUUUGUUCGGUAUAGGGCAGAGUAUAUUUGGCGGCAGCCAACGCGAGGAGGGCCAGAUCAACCCAACUCGUUGGGCGCAGAGCGCCGCUGGGCGAGCGACAUUGCUGCACGCGAUCAACAUACAGACCAUUGCGGCCCAGUUACCCCUUGGUAUGGCAUAUGAUAUCAACAUCCCAGGUGCCGUUUUCGCAGCUGCGACGACAUACUCGUCGUUCACCCUCGCAGGGGUGUCGAAGAUUGUUUAUCCAGCCGCGAUAGACUGGGACACGGUUCUAACGACGUUUCCGCUGGACGUGAGGAGACCGACAGGCAGUGAGAGCACCAUGCAGUGUACGCUAAACUUUGUUACUGGGUAUUUGGAUCCGACAGAGAUGCCGAGGGAUAAAUACGUGGUUCGGGACUUAUCAUACGAUCUGACUGCCAUGCGGACCCUACUUCGAGGCUUAUCCUUGCAGUGGGGAGUCGCGGUCGAGAUGGAGGGGGUUGUUAGUGCGUACAUCGAGCGGUGCGAGCUGUAG